UUUUCUAUAGGUUUUGUUCCUCUUAUUAUUAUCCCUUAUUAUUAUUUGCACCAGAGAACAUCAGAGAAGAUACUGGCACAGACGUUUCUGUUGUUGCAAUAAAAUACUACCAGUAACAGGCCUGCAGCACUGCCCAGGGAGGAGCCAGUUUCCAUGGUUAGUGAGCACAACAGACCCGUUGCAAACGUUCACUGUGAGCUGGGUUUUAGCAGCAACUUCCUUCAGAAAGGCUUUAGCUACAAGUCCUUUAUAUAAAUCCUUUAUAUAAAGGGCUGCACUUUGCUCCAGAUUCCCAUGACUACAGACCAAAGGUCACCAUCAGUCUGCCAUCACCGUAUUGAAGAUAAAUUAUAAUUACUUCCCCCCCUUUCAUUCUUUUUCCCUUAUUUUCAGUUAAAUCCUGGUUUCUCACAGUUCCUGUCUCUUUUUUAUUCCAGGUGCUGCUUGAUCUAUUAAAACUGCCCUGAGAAGAGCUGAUACAUCGGUGAACACCCACCAAACACCUGUUGCUCUGUUGCCAGGCAUCUUUCUGAAGGGUGCAGCAUGACAGAGCUCCAUGAAGCCGUGGCUCUGGGGGACUACCAUCUGGUGGAGAAGAUUCUGAAGGCAGGACGCUGCGACCCAAACCACAAGGAUGUCGACUGGCAUGACAGGACCCCACUGCACUGGGCUGCUGCCAAAGGGCGGUCGGAUCUGGUCAAGCUCCUCGUGGAUCACGGCGCCCGGCACUGCCUGCGGAGCGACGUGGGCUGGACCGCGGCUCACUUUGCCGCCGAGUCGGGGAGGCUGAGAGUGCUCCGCACCCUCCAUUCCCUGCACGCUGCCAUGGAUGCAGCUGACCUCUUCGGCGACACUCCCAAGAGGCUUGCGGAAAUCUACGGUCACCAGGAGUGCUCCAGGUUCUUGGAAAAAGCAGAGGUGGAGAGCAGAAACUACCGCAGGACAGCUGCAAUGAAAGGAAUCCCCUUAGACCAGAGAGAUGAAGACUGGGAACACAAGAAAGAGGAGCUUGGGAGAAACCCACCAUGUUUUUGGGAGAACUGCACAACCUCUGCUCCAAAGAAAAAUGGGAAAAAAAAGGGGAAGCAGUAGUUUGUCCUGUCUGUUUGGUGCCUCUGAGCACUUGCAAUGCAGAGCAAAGGCACUGGCAGAUCUCAGGUGAAUCUGCAGGGUGACAUACACGUGAAUGGGGCAAGGAAAUGGUCACAAGGACGUAUCCUUGAGAUAUACCGUAAACAGUGUCCUUAACAGGGAAAACGUAGAAGUGCUUCUGUCCUUCUGUGUGUCUCUAUGUAUCACAUCUCAAAUAUCAAAAAAACUGCAGAAUAUGUUUAAAUAUACCAAUUCUCUAAAU